AUGCUGAUCAGCCAAUCACCGACCGAAGUCGAAUUGCAGUUCCAUGGCCAUCUCGGCCCCGUCCGCACCCGCUGCCGCUACAAGAUCGACCCGGACAAGGCGGCAGAGCCAGGACACCAUCGUAACAGAAUUAGAGGGCUUCCUUUUUCCCCUCCCAGGACUUUGAGACCCACGGUACGUGUCAUAUUGCCUCCCUGGAAAAUGUAUCCGGUCCCGACUGUGUUCCAGCAGUGUUGUUGGUCGCCUGAGAUUAGACAGUUAAUCUCGUUGGACGAAUGA